AUGGCCUCCUGUAAAUUAAUAAUAAUAACAUAAUACUAAUAAUAGAGUUAGAGAAUCUACAAUUUAUUGCAAAUUUGAGUUAUGAUUUUCUUUUUAUCUGAACAAAUCCUAGAUCUAGUAUACUAAAGAUCUAGGUCAAGAUCUGUUGAUUCAAGAGCUGUAAUAUGCAUGCCGAUUUCAAUGUUUUUGAUCAUCAAGUCAUGGCUGAUGUUGAAAAAGUAGAUUUCACUUAUUCCGAUGCAGAUAAAUAUGAAUUCGAAAUCUCUGAACUCUACAGCUAUACAGAGGAACCUGAAUUUACAGCCCAUCAAGUAUGUUUUGAAGAAUUAGCCAAAACUCAUGGAUUUGAAAAAUGGACAAGUUUAUCCAGAGACAGCCAAAUCAGAUUUAUCGUUGGCCUCCAGGAUGAUCUUGAAGUGACAGAUAAAGAGAAGAGAAUCAAAUCUGUCCAAGCCCUAUUAUAUUUAAUUCAGGGUGUGUAUGGGGAAUGCAAGUCAAGGAGCCACAUGUUUGAAGUCAGUCGACAUUGUGUGCUUCUCUAUUUAGAUAUAGGGCUGUACUCUUCCCUUGUGCAGCUUCUAGCUAUGGAAGUGGAGAACAGUAAUGCUGCUUUGUCAGCCCUGAGGAAACCAGCUGUCUCUAUAACUGAUAGCAAAGAAUUAAGAUAUAUACUAAAUAUAUUAUACAUUAUGGUGGAGACUUGCCGGAUAGCUAGCAAUGAAAGGGAUACCUCAGAUGAACUUUCUAGAAGAUUGUAUGAGGCCACAGAGUUAUUCAAAGAAGAAAUGAUCCAACCUGUGUUUGGUGAUGAUCCACUUUCUGUGCUCUUGUUUACCAUGGUGACCAGAUUCUGCAGUGGCAGUGCUCCGCAUUAUCCAAUGAAAAAAGUUUUGUUAUUGCUUUGGAAAGUGGUUUUGUUUACUUUAGGAGGACUUCGUGACCUUGAAAAGCGAAAGAAUGAAGUUCGUAUAAAGCACAAUCUUCCUCCCCUCACAGAGGAUAUGUACUCAGUGUGUGAAAAUAUGAGGCCAGCCUCCCCUCCGGCUUCAGCCGCUGAUUUGAUUGAGCACCAGGUCCCCAGGCGAGGGAUACGUGCUGGUAAAAGGAGUUUGGUCAAACAGAGCAGCCUGGAUGAUUCCUUUGAGUCUGGGCUCGCCAGAGAUGAGGACGAUGACCUCAUGGAUGGACUCAAAACAAACAGUGAUGAUGAGUCACCGCCAACUCCUCCAAGACCUGCAACGCCUACAGUUUCACACCGCAGCCUUCCUUGGAAGCCUAAAGUCAGACUUAAAGAUCUUGAAAAUUUCCUGGACCACACAAGGCAAAAAUUUGUGGGUUUUGAAGUUAAAAAUGACCACAACUCACUGGCUGGACUCCCUCAGCCGAUCCAUGAAGGAGUUAAAGUAUUGAAACAGCAUCUGCAUAUCUCCUUAUCUGAGGUUCAGAUCAAAAGAGAGGAAGAAAUCGCCAAGAAUCCCUUAUCAUUGCCUGAGUUAGAAGUGGAGAGUACACCAGCUGAAAAACUGUACCAUGCUAUGUUAUCUAAUUUACCUCAGUACAUGAUUGCUUUGCUGAAACUCUUGCUUGCUGCAGCUCCAACUUCCAAAGCCAAAACUGAAUCAAUUAAUAUUUUGUCUGAUGUGUUGCCGGAUGAAAUGCCGACCACUGUACUGCAGUCCAUGAAACUUGGUAUAGAUGUCAACAGACACAAGGAGAUUAUUGUGAAAGCCAUCUCAGGUCUCCUCCUGUUGCUCCUCAAGCACUUCAAGCUGAACCACAUCUACCAGUUUGAAUUCACCAGCCAGCACCUGGUCUUUGCUAAUUGCAUCCCACUGGUGCUGAAGUUUUUCAAUCAAGAUAUUGUGGCUUAUGUCAAUGCUAAGAACAGCAUUCCUGUCCUUGACUUUCCGGAAAAUGUUUUAGGGGACCACACAGAGUUGACUGCAGAAAAUAUUGAGAGUGGUGAUAACCAGCCUCAUUGCUGGAGAAACAUAUUUUCAUGUAUCAAUCUUCUUAGAAUAUUGAACAAAUUAACCAAAUGGAAACACUCACGGACAAUGAUGUUGGUUGUGUUUAAAUCUGCACCUAUCUUGAAGCGUGCCUUGAAAGUGAGGCAUCCCAUGAUGCAGCUGUAUAUCUUGAAGCUUCUCAAAAUGCAGACCAAAUAUCUGGGAAGGCAGUGGCGCAAGUCUAACAUGAAAACAAUGUCUGCAAUCUAUCAGAAAGUUCGUCACAGACUCGGUGAUGAUUGGGCUUAUGGAAAUGAUAUGGAUGCAAGACCAUGGGACUUUCAAGCUGAAGAAUGUGCUUUGAGAGCUUGUGUGGACCGUUUUAACAAUCGCCGUUACACCAGUGGGGGAUAUGUGGAGCCUGACUUUCGACCGGUGGACAAUAAUAUCCUCAGCCUUCUAGGGCAGAAUAUAGAACUGAGUCCAGAGUUUAAGGCUCAUUAUGAACGCUGGCUACACCUAGAGGUGUUCUCGCGUCAGAUAGAUUGGGACCAAGUCAUGAUGAGAUAACCCUAUCAAAUAGAUUGUUAGUAUUUAUUAUGUGGUAUUCAAUUUGGUCCUGAAAUGUGAAUAAAAGGAAAAAAAAGGAUUUCUUCCUUGAAUCUUCUGUAUAAAAUGUUGUCUGUUAGUUCUGUAACAAUGAAUAGAAACCUUUUUUUUUUUUUAAUAGUUGAUUUUGAUGAGAAUGUUGUACAAGAAAUGAAAAGAACUUGGUAUUUGUAUGUAUGCCUGACCAUGUUUAGCAGAUCGUAUCAGGGCAGUACACAUUUGUUACCAGUACCACUUCAUCACUUGUAGACUAAUGUGUACUGCUCUGUUUCCAUGCUGUAUUGUUGUGUGCACUUGCUUUGGACAUUGUACAAUCAACACAUUUGUGCUGCCCUCAUUUCUGGUCAUUUCACUGAUUUCAUGUGGCUUUGUUGGGCUGAUGACUUAGCUUUGUGCAUUAAAUAUAGGACUCUGAAAACGUGAAAAUACCCUCUGUACAUAUAUAUCUAUACUAUAAAGUAGAAUGUGAGGUGUAUGUAUGUUACUUAUAGACAUCAAAACCGCUCCACCAAUCUUGAUAAAACUUGGCAGGAAUGUUUCUUAGGUACCAACUUAGACCCUAGUGUAUGUAUUGUAGCCCUAAAACAAACUUAAGACCCUAAAAAAAAUAUAAAGUUGUCCGACUCUAUUACAGCUAUAGUAUUUUAUGGAUCUAGGCCAUGUCUACAAUGUUGACAUAGAAAAGAUCAAAAGGAUUUAGACCUAGAUCUAAUUUUUAGAAAUACACUUUGCGCAGAUAGUUUUUUACUUUGACACAUGAAAAUACAAAAGAAGAUCCAUUAAUUUUAUUAUAUAAUAACAUUAACCUUCAAUUUUGUGUUUCAAAAGCAUUUUUUGAAUUAAUUAGUUCGUUAUAUCUGUGACUGCAGAUUUCCUGACAAACAUUCUUUCAUUAGACAAUACCGUAAUGAAUCGCUUACUAAAAAUUAAUUCGUUUAAUUACUUUAUAAUCCCAUCCCUAGAUCUAAAACUCUAAUUCAACUCUAAGAUGAUAAAACUUCUCUUCGCACAGAUAGUUUUAUACUUUAACACAUGAACAUACUAAUUAUAGUCAUUCAUUUUAUAUUUUGAUCAAAUAAACAUUCAAAUUUGGUUUUCUAAAGCAUUAUUUUUAAGAGACUACAUUCGUCUACAAAAGCUACGAAGCCGAGUUGAGAUAGGCCUAGGUCUAUAUUCAUUCAUGAAUCGCAUACUAAAAAUUAUUUCGUUUAAUUGUUCACUUUAUAAUCCCAUUCAUUUAACAAAGCUAUCGCUCUUUUCGUUUUUAAUAGAUAUGAAUGUAUCGACUUCAGGUAAACCCAUUUUCGCAAAACUAAUUUUAUUUUUGUAGCGAAAGAGAAAUAACGUGAAAGGAUCAUUAGCUAAGUUUAACAUACAUCUAAAUCCAAUCCACUACAUUAGUAAACACAAACUUAGACCCGCAGGCAAUGCCAGGCUAGUAAUAUAUA